AUGACAAUAGCAUCGCGGGAUGCGGAGGUACAAGAUGAGAUUGCUUUUGCGCAGAGGGUGAUGCAGGCCCAGGACCUUUAUUUUGCUCGAGUACGUGUACAGGAUAUGCGAUCAAAUAUGAAGACGCAAUGGCUCCAAGCACGAACGGCGCUCGAAUUUGCGGAGGCGAAUCUUCGCAUGAUUGAAUUCGAAUUGCAGCUAAUACACGAUAGGGAAGACCAGAUGAAACAAAGCGACUUUCGGGAAAACGACCUGGAUUACAACUUUUUCGUAAACUUCCACGUGCUCCAAGAUCAUUACGCUGACAUCUACGGUAUCGAUUUGCCCGAGGCGCAGACGGACGAAGUAGAUUUGCCUGUAGUCCGCGCUGCCGCUUGCUCAUUUACCUGUGCCGACUGGAACGAUGAUUUUGUGAUCGAUCCAAAAGAGGAAGCUUCUACCUCUUGCUCCCUCCUGCAAAUCCCCUCUACUGGCCCACGAGAACGCGAAGGGAUCGACGUGAUAGAGUAUUUCGAGAACUGCGGCCCCGAAGGACACGAAGUGAUGGAUCUACAACAUGGCCGCGUGAACAUUAACAACAAAACAAGAAUAACAUACGAGGAACUUCAUCACAAAGGCAACAGCACAGCGACGGGGGGAUCGCCGUCGACCACUUUGCAGCUGGAUGAGCACCUGAAGCCAUGGCGUGAAUAUUUGCCCUCCUGGGCCCGCUCAUCGUCGGAGGCCGGCUCAUCGUCGGAGUCAAUCUCUUCUUCAGGUUCAGGGUCAUCAUCAACAUCAGGGUCGUCCUCAUCCGGGUCGUCGUCGGCCAUAUCUGACGAAACAGUGAUAUCAGAGGCAAGCAGUGACUCACGACGGAAAGCCCGCCUAGGGCGAGCAGCCUGGGAGCAAUUACGGGCCAGGUGGCGCCGUCCUCGGCAAGAGCGAGACUCGCCAAAUCCGGACGAAGAUUCCGCCGAAUCUGAUUGGGUACCGCCAAGCCCUACAGAAUUUUCGGCCGAGACCAUCGCAGAGACGAGUAGAGUCGCAGGAGAUCUCAUGAAACAGCGAAUCAUACCCACACCAGGCCGUCAAAUGGCUGUCGACUACGCGCGAACCCGGGACUUGGAAAAUCGCAGGAAGAAGCAAGAAGAAACUGAAACAAAAAAUGAUAUCCUUUCCGAAGGGGGGAACGAGCCCGGACAGCUCCUGUCUACACGGAGAGAUAUAAACGCGAGAACAUAUCCAGUGGACGGGAGGUUCAGCACGUUGAGGCACACUGGCACCGCCACCGGUUUAUCAACACGGUUCAUGCGGGAGGCGAAUGGACCGUGCUUCUGUAGUGAUGAAGAAACUCGUAAUCGCCGCGAUCGACAAGUGAAACGUCGCGCAAAGGCUUUGCGCGAGGCGGAUUAUACUGUGACCAUUUUGCCCACCUUAAAAAUGGAGAUUAUGGGAAAAGAAACGAUUCUUACCAAGGGAGACAUGAAGAACCUCCAACUCAUGACUACAGAAAAGGGGACCAGGCAAAGACUUCUGACUGUAAAAGAAGCGAACAAGAAGUAUACAAAGCGGUAUAUCUAUGAAGAGAAAGAAUUCUUUGAUGAAAAUUCGGAUCACGACCGUUUCAACUCGCCGAAGUCCAACGAAGGGCGAAAGUUUGUGUUGAUGCCCAAAAAGCAAGACGAGAAUAGUGAUUCUAGAGGCUGGACGUCUUGGCUUCGUUGAUAAUCAUCAUAAUUCUUGAACUUGAUGGUUUAUUAAUUUGCUUGAUGGACUUAGGAUUAGCGCGCAAUUGAGUGGCCACUAACGAAAGACCAGUCGCGCGAAAAGCAAAAGUUCCUGUGUGGAGAUGAACGGGGGAGUUCUAUUUGUCCGCCACGGUAGUAAGUAU